AUGCACUUCCCGCUCACUUUGGCUCUUGCGUUAUCUGCGAGCGUCCUCGGCGCUCCGGCUCCAGCUGUCGACUCGAGCUCUUCAGUCGUAGCGGAUCCAACAAACAUUCCUUCAUCAACGACUGACUCGUCCCACCCGAGCCCUACAGUGCCCUACGCAUCGGGCGACCUGAACGAGUCGUACCUGGACAAGUUCCAGAACGAACUCCCUGAGCCUGUCCGCGGAUCGAAGGGUGCCAAGAUCCUUGGACCUCAGAACAUUCCUCUCGACCGCCAAAAUCCUGACUUUCUGGCGAGCCCCAGUUACUGA